AAAUAAGACAUACAAAACUAACUCGUGAUCGUCAGCUUUCUCUCAACCUAUUUUGCGAGUUAGGCAGACCCAAAGGGUUACUAAGCACACGUUAGUUAACAUAGAGCUGAGAUUGAUUAGCUGCCGCAGCUAGUGCUAGCUGCAACAGGUAACCCAGGUGACGCAAGCUUUCUUAUGUUUAGAAACUAUGCAACGUCAUUGGCGGAAAAUAUGUGUUUUUAGGGACAGUUUUAUAAUUCCCGCACCGAUGUGUUGCCUUGAAAACAAGAGCUGACAACAGACUGCACCUUCACCAUGGAAGCAGAAGUUGAGUUUUUACGGGAUCAAGUCCACAGAUUAAAUUCUGCUCUCAGCCAGUAUCAGUAUGGGCACUGCACUCAAGCCACAGCAUCUCAGGUUGAGGAGGCGAGAUGGGUAGAGUCUCCUACACCCUGGAUCACAGACAGAAGUAUAAUGGGUCCUCUGUUAGAGGAGUAUGAUCGGCACAUGGAUGAAAUGACUCAACAGCUGCAGAGAUACCAGGCACUGAUGACAGAUGUCAAAGUAAAGUUGGAGAGUGUUGUCAAGGAGAAUGAAAGGUUGCAUGCAGAACUCAGGGAGUCUGUUGAGAAGCAGCUUCAUGCCCUGCUGAUGGCUUCAGGAGUGGAGGACAGCACAUUGGAGGAGGAAGCAGCUACUAGAAACCUCCAAGAACAACUCCAGCUAUGUGAACAGGAGCGGGUGCAGGCCAUGGAGCUGUGGCAGACAGCAGCCCAGGAGCUGGACCAUCUUCAGCAGAGCUACCACAAAAACAUCUCUGAUGUGCAGGUCCACAAUGCUCAGAGACAGCAACUUCAGAAUCAGCUCAUUCAGUUCCAGCAGCACAUACACAAACUUCAAGUGGCCAAUCAGAAACUGGAAUUGACUAACCAGCAGUUCCUGAAGACGGUGACGGAGCAGAGUACAGAGAUGGAGGAGCUACAAAACCAGCACAGGCAGGCCAAGGCUGACUUGAGGACAGCCACAGCCAAAGUGGGUGAGAUGACCAUCUUCUUGCAGAGUGUCCAAGACCAGAUGCAAAGACAGGAGGAAGAUGUGGCAGAGGCUCAGGGCCGAGAGGAUGCAGCAGACAGGCGACUUCAACAGCUUCUGGCAGCCUUGAGCCAGCUGGGGGCCAGACUAAAAGCUGCAUCUCAGGAAGCUGAGGCAGUUCGCAGAGAUCAAACUGUGUGGGAGAUAAAGGUGGGGGAACUCCAGACACAUUCUACCAACCUAGAAGAGGAGAAGUAUGAGGCCCUGGCUAAAGUCCGACAGAGUGUUCAGGUGGUUGAGGAGGCUGCUUUGCUGAAGGACCAGGUGACUGCUGCCCUGUUAAGAGAGAAACAGAAGACACAAGAGUUAGAGAAGACAAAGGAGGCAGUCAAACAGUUGAUCCAGGAUGCUGCAGUCCGCACCAGAAAUGAGGUGGAUACUGUGCGCAAGCAGUGCAACAUUCAAAUCCACCACAUGGCAGAGGAACUGUCUGCAUUGCAGCUGGAGUGUGCAGAUAAAGAAUCUCAGAUUGAAAAGUCCUUGCGAGAGAGAAAAUCUUUAGAGGAGGAGCUGGAGAAGGUGUAUAAGGAGGGCAGGGCAGAGCCAGAGUUCAGGAAGAUUGAUGCCCUUCACCAGAGGUGUCUAGAUGCAGAGAGGAUGAAGGAGGACAUAAGCCUCACCCUGCAAAGUGCACAGAACAAACUGAAAAAGAUGGCGAUGGACUACAGUGAAGAGCUGUCACGUUGCCAGGAGGAAGUGCAGCGGUUGCAGAGCUCUCUGGCUGCAGCUCGGGACAACUGUGUCAGGAUCAGCGAGGAGCGGUUCCAGCUGCAGCAGGAGAACUUACAGCUACGCAGAGAGAUGGAUGUGCUACGCAAGACCUCCCUGCUAGAUCAGAAGAAGGCCAAACAACAGCUGUCACAGAUGGAGCAGGAGUACUGCCUGAAGGAGCAGGGACUCUACACACGCAUGCACGAGCUGGACGAAAGCAGCCGGAGCUCCAAUGAUGAUCUGACGCGCCUCCUUACAGCACAACAGAAAAGUACUCAACGCUGGAAAGAAGAGGCCAAGAACCUUGUUCAGGUCUUCAACACUAAAAUCACAUGCCUCAAAGCAGAGCUGAAUCAGCAGAAGCAGCGUUCAUACGAGCUGGAGAUGCAGCUUGAAACUGACCAUAAUACUGUUUAUGAGUAUGAGAGGCAGCCAGCAGAUUAUCAAGAAAAGAUGAGUCACCUCCAGAGACCACUGACACAAGCUGAACAAAAGACACCUACUGCUACACAACAGCUAAAUAUGUUGGCGUCACAGCAAAGGAAAACUGCCUCGAUUGAUCCAAAGACUUUAUAACAGGGACUGUCACUGUGCUAUAAACAAAAUAAUGUAGCCAUGUUUGUUUAAAUCAUGUUGCCCUUUUCAUUAAUAUGAUAUAAACAAUUUGGCCCAAGGCAUAAGAUAACAACGGUGUUGUUAGUCUUUUUGUGAUUAAAUCGCAACAGUAAAGGUUUUUGGUGAAUUGUAUUUAUAAGGAUGAAAUGAUGUCUGAUGUGUGAUAUGUAAAAUAAACUGUUAUAUCUACAAAAUAAACACCUUCAACAUACAA